GCUGCAGGGAACACGCGAAAGCUCCAGAACUGAUGCGUGUGUGGCGCACGUGUGGUGGUAAGACGUUCUCCCUCCCUCCCUCUCGGUUUCUUCAGCACGGGAUGCGGGCGAGAGGAGUCUUGCUUGAUGGAGUGGAACAUUCAUCUGCAAAACCGCUGAGACUGCCAUGAGGACCCUCUCUGCCUCCUCACCAACCUCACGUCACUCCACCAAGAAGAAUAAGGUUGACGGGUGGUUGACGCUGUUCAACCUGCUCGGACGUAGAAAAUUGAGUGCCCCAGGCCUGUGUGCUAGUGAUGUGCCCAACCCCCUCAAGCUUUGCCUCCUUACCACACUGAACACAUCACACCUCCUCAUCACCUCACCUACCUCCCCAUCCCUCAUGCUGUGCACCUCAGCAUUGUCCAGUCAUGUACAGCCACCACCACCAUCUCUGCCUGUCACUUUGAACUUGGUCUGGGAAGGAAGGGAAGCAUCUCAAGACUCAGGAAUCAAGGUCCACAGUCCACCGCAGUCCAUCAGGAGUGGGAGUCUGGUCUACCGUGGGACAGCAAAGGUACUGGUAAAGGACUCGUCUCAUCUCGUCUCCCCCAGCAUCCAGGUAGUAUCUUGAAGGCCUGACUGGUUCCCUCGGCUCAGUGGUCUUGUCUCUGUCUCCCUCCCUGCAAGAGUCUGGCAGAGUUUAGUGCCAAGAAAAUAUAUAUAUAUAUAUAUAUAUAUAUAUAUAUAUAUAUAUAUAUAUAUAUAUAUAUAUAUAUAUAUAUAUAUAUAUAUAUAU